GAAGAAGAAAGAAAUGAAAACAAGCGGCACGUGGUUCAACAUGGCGGCGCCCUCUGGACUCCCGGAGCGAGCUUCGAGCAGCAGCGACGACGGAGACAUUAAAAAGUGUCGGGAGGCAGUUUGGGAAACACAAGUGAACAAAAGAAAAGAUGAAGACAGCAGACACAGUGCGAGACAGUCAAAACGUGUUGUGGCUGACCAUGAACAUGAUGGCAGCCAGCUCCAGGUCACCACAGGGUUUCAAACACACGUGGCUACAAAGCUGGAACAGUUUCUCGACAGUUGCAUUUCAGAGCUGCAGUCUGAAACCUCACACGGUUUGGAAUCGACAAACCGUGGUCACGAUAAUCAGGAUGAGACAAACCGUGGUCACGAUAAUCAGGAUGAAGGAUUUCGUCUGUUCUCCACAUCCGUCCCAGGACAGAAAGCUGACCAUCCUCCAGCUCCUGCGAGGCGUCGUCCUGCUCCCAGCUCAAGCGACAGCGACAGUGAGAUGGAGAUGAGGCUGAAGGAGGCAGCGGUGCCUCUGAAGGAUCUGUUCCCCUCUACGCCGACUACAGAGACCCCCGGCUCGGAAACGAUGCUGGCCCACCAAGUCGAAAAAGAGGGUGAGAUUAUCAAGAAAAAGAGGAAACGGAACGAUGAAGAGAGUGAACAUGUGGACUCAGCAGGUUCUGCUCCUGAUCACAGCAGCGGUGAGCGCAGGAGCUCCGAGCUGGAACACGCACGUGUCCAAGUCGAACGAAAGAAGAAAGAGAAGCGAAAAGAAGCUGAGUUUUUAUAACCUUUACAGCUUGUUUCGGCCUUCCACGCUCUGUUGAAGUGGAUGGUUUGUGGUGGUUUCUAGAUAUUUGAAUAAUAAAGGAGGAACUCGGUCUGUAAGUUU